UCGGAAACCACAGAUAAAAUGCAAAGCAAGGAGCCAAGGGGACAGCUCCACCUGUUUGUGCCUGAAGGCAGUGAAGUGUUUGCUGAAGGAUAUCUAAGUGCUUUUCGAGUCAAAUUACUUGAGCAAAGGGCAGCCUCUCCUUCAGUUAAAGAGCUAGAGGCGGAGCUUGAAGAGGAAGUGGCUUCUGUUCUAAGGCCCCUCUCAGACUUGGUCCCAAACCUGAGAAGCCAGUCAGUGCCUGGGACCUUCCAGCCACUGAGCUGCGCUGCGUCGUGAGAAGCCAAGACCUGUGGAAGGUUUCCUCUCAGUUGCACGUUCAGAGACACCGGUGUACAAACAGCCACCUGAGACCUGACCUGAAGCCAGAGGAAACAGGCUGAAAGCCUGCAGAUCAGCCCCAACAUGUGCAGCACCAGUGCGUGUGACCUGGAAGACAUCCCCCUGGAGGAUGACGACCCCAACAGCAUAGAGUUCAAAAUCCUGGCCUUCUACGCCAGACACCAUGUCUUCAAGAGCACCCCAGAUGCCUUCUCGCCCAAGCUCUCCAGAACAAGAAGUCUGUCCCAGAAAGCAUUGGGGACUUGGUCAACUGAUUCCUGGACACAGGUAUCGUUGCCUUGCAGAAGUUCCCCCUCCAGUGAAAAGUACGUAAACUUGGGCAAGAAGAAGUCUUCUUGGAGAACACUCUUCAGAGUGACCGAAAAGGAAGAAGACCCGCUGAGCUCCCCAAAGGGGCUCCAACGUCAGGGUUUGGUACAGCGGCAGGGUGGCUCCCACAACCAGCACUGGGCCAGGUCCCUGUCCAGCGUGGAGCAGCGCCUGGAGAGUGAAGCUGUGGACUCCAAAGUCGCUUGUAUCGCUAACAGAGUGGCUGAAAUCGUUUACUCCUGGCCACCACCAGAUGACAGCCACAGCCAGGGAGGAGGCAAGUUCAAACAGAGUGUCCCAGAGAUUCCGUACUUCCAACUUCAAGGCAAUCAGCCUAGAGCCUGCGACUCUAAGAAAGAUGGAGAAGACCAAAUAAUAAGCAAGAUUGUUGAGCUGCUGAAAUACUCGGGGGAUCAGUUGGGAAGAGAGAUAAAGAAAGACAAGGCUUUGAUGAGCAGCUUACAGGACGGGCUGUCCUACUCAGUGUUCAGGACCAUCACUGACCUAUUCCUGAGGGACGUGGACACCAGAGGCGAAUCAGAGGUCAAAGCUCAGGGCUUCAAGGCUGCCCUUGCAAUAGAUGCCAUCGCCAAGCUCACAGCCAUCGACAACCACCCAAUGAAUAGGAUGCUGGGCUUUGGGACCAAGUACCUAAGAGAGUACUUCUCCCCCUGGGUCCAGCAGAAUGGUGGAUGGGAAAAAAUACUUGGGAUAUCACAUGAAGAAGUAGACUGAACUAGCCAAAGACCCGUCAUCUGGAAUGUUCCUUGUGCGACAGCAGCCCUGUGACCGCUGCUCUCAUCAUAGACCGUAGGAGAAAAUUAAAACAUACACAGCAGACGGAGCCCAAAAUGUCUAGAGAACCAUCCUUCCUUUGACUCGAGAGGCACCGGGUGAGGCCUUGCUCUCUCCAGCUCAUAGGACCAGGUAGCAUGGACAUCGCUGAGGGUACUGAGUCCUCCGCCGAGUGUGUGAGGGCGUCCAUAAAGAUAAGUGAUCGUUGUACCUUUAAAUGUUCAGCACGGAAACCAUCCUGUUAGCUACACUAGAGGAAGCGUUGGGCGUGUGUCUGUGGGUCUCAUGGAAGUGAAACAAUAAACUGUGUGUCCUUACUUUUUA